ACGAGAUGUAAAGUCCCUGCCAGCGUAGUAAUCCUUCAUUUCUUCAGGAGUGCUAAAGCUUCUCAGUUCACUGCAAAGAAAACGUGCGCAUCUGACAACGGGACUACCAGGACUUCAUCCAAUGAAACAGUCACGUAUCAUCUUACCAUCAUUUACUAAAAUUGUAAAGAUUGGAUUGGAUGAUAUUUUCAGUUCCAGGAUGCAAAUGAGUUUAUUUCACACUAACUGGCGACAUAUUGGGAAAAGAUUUUUAUAAGAAACGUGAUUGGUGGACUGGAGAACGACGAUGACAGGUCAUUAUGUUUAUAAGGUGCUUGAUGAGGGAGGACGCCAUUUUGACCUGGGUGCUAGAGGUACACACAACUACUUCAAGCUCAACUCUGAAUUUGUUUCAGUGGGAAAAGAUCCUCUCUUGACAAUGGGUGGAAAUUCAUCCAGUAAUCAGCGUGAACCUGUUAAGGCUGGAGUGAGAGAUGGGCGAAUUGUCCAGCUGACAAGGUCCUUCACACCUUUUCCUAGUUGGAGCAAUGGCAGCUGGAAAGGAGGUAGUUACCAAAUUGUUGGAGCUGGUGUUGUGAUGUACCAGUCCAGAGAUGUUCCAGGACCAAUCAGAAGCCAGCUUGGAUCGGGUAGCGUAAGUUUUGAAGGUAAUCAUGCCACGAUCACAUUCAACCGAAAUGAUGGAAAUCUUGUCCAGUACUUUCAGGGUUUCUGAGCAUCAUAUCUGGGAUGAUACAAAACACAUUCAGAACUUGGGAUGCGAUCUGUGCUUUUCUUUAUUAUCAUAAAAAUUAAGAGAUGUGGAUACUAACAACCGUUUUGAAUGUCACACCUAUUUUAGUUUUCAAUGUUACAUUAUGGAAAAUAAUAACUGAGUAGAACUCAUUCAGCAAACAAUCAUGCAUAAUUCUUUUAGUUCUUUUGCUCUGUCGCUUUACUCCAAGUAGACUGCUUUGAAAAUUCGGCUUCAGGAAAAUGUAAAACCCGUUGUGUGAUAAAAUA